GACGAAAAUGCCAUUGUAAAAACUCAUCAAUUCAUUGACUUAGCACACCACACACGCACGCAGGGGCAAAAGGGAAGGUUGGAGCUUCAAAUAGCAUAUUCAACUCAACUAGCUUCAAGAAUCAUUCAAAUGGCGACCUCGAUUGCAACUCAGAGCCUGUUAGUAAUGCAUACUGGUCGUACGUCGUCGUAUCCGUCUUCUGCCGCUGUGUUUUUUCUUGAGAAUCCUGUAAGAAAUGGUGGAAUUUGCGGAUUUGCGAGAGGGAAAAGGAAAGUAAGCAGAAAAUGUAGAGCAAUGGUGCAGGAAACUGUACAAGGGCCUUCAGCUAUUUAUGCCAGAGAAAUGGAAAGACUCUCUGCUAAAGAAUCUCUACUUCUUGCAUUCAAAGAUGCUGGAGGGUUUGAGGCAUUGGUCACGGGGAAGACUACAAGCGUACACCAAAUAGAUGUGAAUGAGAGAAUAGUUAGCCUCGAGAGGCUGAACCCAACUCCAAGACCAACAACGUCUCCUUUUCUGGAUGGCCAGUGGAACUUCGAGUGGUUUGGAUCUGGAAGCCCUGGGCUUCUUGCUGCUCGGAUCUUGUUCGAGAGGUUUCCUCCAGCAUUGGCAAGUUUAUUGAACCUGGAUGUAGUGAUCAAGGAUGGAUACGCAAAUAUUUCUGCGAGUGUGAAAUUCUUAAAUUCGAUAGAGAGCAGAUUCGUUGUCUCCACGCGACUAUCUGUCGAGGGGCCACUUAGAAUGAAAGAGGAAUAUGUCGAAGGAAUAUUUGAAUCCCCAAAAGUUAAUGAAGAAACAAUGCCUGAACAACUAAGAGGUGCUUUAAUUCAGGCUACUAACACGUUGCAGCAGCUUCCUGUUCCCAUCAGGGAUGCCUUGGCUAAUGGAUUUAAGAUCCCUCUUGGUGGGACAUUCAACAGGCUGUUUAUGAUAUCUUAUCUUGAUGAAGAGAUCCUGAUUAUACGAGAUACUGCUGGAGUACCCGAAGUUCUUACAAGACUGGAUCCCGGGCCGUUGCCUCUAGUAGAACCCAUAACAGAAUACGAAAGUUGAAGGCACCUAACAUAAAAGGAUAGCCAAAGCAAAACUAUGCAUGGUUCAUACAUACUUCAUUUUUAUUUAUUAUACAAGCUUCUAAUUUUUUUUUAUAGUUAAAUAAUUUUCCUUUUC